AUGGACUAUGGAAACGAUGCCCACACUAGCGGCGGCGGCUCACAAGCCUCGAUAGACGACGCGAGCAUGCACACGAUAACCGCCUCGACCCUGCAAAACCAAUAUCAAGCCCACGCCGCCCAACAACAGCAACAACAACAAGCACAACAGCAACAACAGCAAUCACAACCCCAAUACGAGCCCCGUCCACAGACCUCUUACUCCGACACGGGCUUCUCAAGACAGUACUCGCAAUCCGCCGACAACACGCCCGACCACCACCUGCAGAAUGGGAAUGGGCUUAGUAGGCCACCUAGUACGCAGAGUCAAGGGUACAAUGGUUCGCAGUCUGGAGGAGCAGGAGGGCAAGGGCAAACGGCACAGAAGAAUGCGAGUGUGGUGAUUAAAGUGGGGAUGGUGGGAGAUGCGCAGAUCGGCAAGACCAGUUUGAUGGUCAAGUAUGUGGAGGGGAGUUGGGAUGAGGACUAUAUCCAGACACUCGGCGUCAACUUCAUGGAGAAAACGAUCAGCAUCCGCAACACCGAAAUCACCUUCUCCAUCUGGGACUUGGGAGGGCAACGCGAAUUCGUGAAUAUGCUCCCGCUCGUCUGCAAUGAUGCCGUGGCGAUCUUAUUCAUGUUCGACCUGACGCGGAAAUCCACCCUCAACUCAAUAAAGGAAUGGUACCGACAAGGUCGCGGCUUCAACAAGACCGCGAUUCCUUUCCUGGUAGGGACGAAGUACGAUCAUUUUGUCAACUUUCCACGGGAGGAGCAGGAGGAGAUAAGUAUGCAGGCGAAGCGGUUCGCGAAGGCUAUGAAGGCUAGUUUGAUCUUUUCGAGUACUUCGCAUUCUAUUAAUGUGCAGAAGAUCUUCAAGAUCGUUCUGGCGAAGGCUUUCGACUUACGGUGCACGAUUCCAGAGAUAGAGAACGUGGGUGAGCCGCUGCUGCUGUAUCAGGCUAUGGGUUGA